GUAGAGAGAGAGAGAGAGAGAGAGAGAGAGGUGAGAUGGCAUCUAUUGCGUUAGCUUCUCUGAGGGCAACACUGGAGUUUGAGAUCCAGCAACCCAGUCCUAGGGUUCUUCCUGAUGAACUACAACAGAUGAGAUCUAUUCUACAAGAUCUCGCACCUUUGCAAGCCUUUCUGGAUAAAUUUAACAUCAAAGCCGGGCGCAAGGAUGCUGAAAGCAGAGAUGUGGAACUCAAAAUCAAACGCUUUGCUCUUCAAGCAGAAGACCAGAUUGAGAUACAUCUCAGUAACAUUAUAGUAUUAGCAAAUAUAAAAGACGCCACAAAGCUGAAAGAAGAAGACAGACGCAGAGAACUCCGUGGAAGCCUGGGGGAAAUCAGAAAAGAGAUAGGCGGGUUGUCUCAGAUUGUGAACAACCAUCCUGAUACUAAUGAUGAUUCUUCAAAACUUCCCUCCCACCACCAGGAUAUCCCUUUACAGCUAUCGGCGAAUAAAUGGAUAUCACAGACACAUGAAAUAGAAAUGGUGGGACGCUACAGUGAAUUGAUGAAAAUAAAGAGCGAACUUAGAGAGCGGGACCAUUAUGAUGGACUAAAGGUUCUCUCAAUCUGGGGAAUGGGAGGCAUUGGCAAGACUACUUUGGCAAGAAAAGUUUUUAAGGAGACGAAUGAUAUUGAUGUUCAUGCUUGGGCUAUGGUGUCUACAAAAUAUGAGCUGAAACAAAUUAUCUCUUCCCUUAUUCAAUGCAUUACGACCAUGCACCCUGAAGAAAUUGAGGAGGCAACCGAGGAUGAAUUAGCAUGUAAAUUAACAGAGCUGCUGAAGGGGAGAGAUUAUCUAAUUGUUGUGGACGAUAUAUGGAGUACUAGAGCUUGGGAUGAAAUCAUUAGACUGUUCCCCUAUGGAAGAAAUAAUAGAUGCUUCAUAUUAUUGACAACUCAAGAUAGAGAGGUGGCUAUGUAUGCUAGUGGUGGUAGUGAGACCUAUAACUUGAGUAUUUUAGACGAGCUAGAUAGUUGGAAAUUAUUUCGUAACAUCUUUCCUUUUGAAAAGUAUGUGGCACCUAGAUUUAAAAAAUUUAUGAGCCAUUUGGUCCGUGUUGUGGAGAAAUGUGAUGGACUACCACCUACAAUCAUUGCAGUUGCGGAGCGUCUGUCUAAAUGCAAGAAUGCAACACAGGAAUUGAAAAAGAUUGAAAAGGAAUUAGAAUCAUUAGGAAUUCUAAGUCACAAUAUACGUACUCACAUUUACAAUCAAUUGCCAGAAGAUUUGAAAGUUUACUUUCUAUAUUUUGGAGUCUUUCCAAAAUGUAGUGAAAUCCAAGUUAAAACACUUCUCAGGUUAUGGAUUGCUGAAGGAUUGGUGAAGCAAACAUGUUCUAUGAACAUAGAAGAGAGUGCUUAUAGUUGUUUAGAAUAUCUUAUAAAUAGAAGUCUUGUCUUAAUCUGCAACUUGAGUUUUGAUGGAAAAAUUAAGAGUUGUAGGAUGCAAAGUGCCUUGCAUAGCGUCUGUGCAGUAGAAGCUCAAAAAGAGGGCAUUUUAUGUGCUGUAAAUACUCUUCAACAUGUGGGAUUGCCAUUAAGUAGUGUGUUUUCAAAUUCGUGUCGUUGGUUAAGUUUAUACACACAUGGUUUUGACUAUUAUGUGUUGCUUGGUACAAACAUUUGUCGCUCUAUUUUCUUCUUUUGUGAAAAUUCAGAAUCAAAAUUUGUGCCUCUCAAGUUUUUAAGAGUUUUGGCAUUUGUUCCAUCUCGAUUCCUAGAAAGAGAGAAUUUAGGGAACCUAGUAUUCUUGAGAUAUGUACAUGUAAAACAAUGGUUUGAAGGUCUGGAGGAUAUAGCGCCAACUAAUCCAAAUCUGCAAGUAUUUAUUGUGUCUCAUAAGGGAACAAUUGCAAGCUCAAUUCGUUUGCCAUCUAAAUUUUGGGAGACACCAAAACUAAUAAGGCAUGUGGAGGUUAGCUCUUCCCUUUCGGUGGAUCCUCCUCCUCCUAGCGAGGUUAGAGAGUCGUUGCAGACAUUAUAUUGGUUGAGCAUACACCAUUGUACAGAGGAAGUUUUUUCAAGGAUUCCAAACGUCAAAAAGUUGGGGAUUAUUUGUGGAGAUGGUAAGGGAAAUAGUAGUUCAACUGAGGAUAACCUUGGUAAUCUUGGUUGUUUGGGUGAGCUCAAGACAUUAAUGAUUGCAUUUAAGAAAGGCUCACCAAUAGGCCUUCAGAAUCUCAACUCUUUGUCGUUGCACCUCAAUAUCAAGAAAUUGAAUUUGAAGAGAACUUGUUUGCCGUGGAGUGAAAUAAACAUAGUUGGCAUGUUGCCCAAUCUUGAAGCACUGAAACUGAAAGAAGCCUCCAAUGGUUCAGAUUGGAACCUCAGCGUGCAGGGAAAAUUCUAUAAGCUAAAAUUCUUGUAUGUUGAAGCUAAAAACCUUGUCCGUUGGAAGAUCAUUGAAGACCAUCCAUUUUUUAAAGACUAUCACCUUUUUCGUCUUAAGUACCUAGUCCUUAAAAGGUGUACACAAUUAGAAGCUAUUCCAAGUAGCUUUGAAUCUAUAUACUCACUGAAGUCAAUUGAUUUACUACAUUGCUCCCCCCAUCUUAAGGAAUUUGCCUACAAUUUUAGUGAUUUUCUGGAGCUUUAUGAAUACAACCCCGUUGUUAUUCGCUAUGUGGAAUAAGAAGUUGAAGAGGUUGAUGAUUAAUUCGUCCGAGUAAAAGAAUUGAAUGGGUUAGCAAUGAUUUGCAGUGUGGCAACUUUGCAGGAGCCUUCUGGUGAUUCAUACAUUUUGAAGUUUGCUUUUUAAUUAUCAUUUUCAUACAUUUUGAAGUUUGCUUAUUAAUUAUCAUUGAAAUACUGAAUUCAUAAAGCUUUACUUUGUGUUGAUUAAAAUGAUGCAUGAUUGUGUUGUGUAAAAUGGUGUAAUCUAUUGAGUUUGUUUUAUAAGAAUGCUUUGUAUCAACUUCAUAGUUUUUCCCUGUUAAAGUCCG